CGAAGUCGCAGUCAUGCUGGAGGGUUUUCGCUCCCAAGACGUGCUUACUAAAUUGCGCGUCGCUAACGAAGGAUGAAGGAUGAGAAUCAAUUCCAAGGCCGGAGGCCUAACAAGCCCCUGGACUUGGACUUGGACUUAGACCUCACGCACAUCUUCACCUGCUCCGAUCCGAAGGCCAACGAAGUGCCUCCUUUUCCAGCUGCCAAGCCACCUAAAACCACUGAUCAUCAUCAUCAAGAUGAUGUCAUUACGCACAUCCUGGGCGACUUUGGUCCCUGGCAACUGCGCUCUUUACUCAUCCUGUUCCUCUGCAAGAUCCCCGCCGCCUGGUUCAUGGCCUGCAUCCUGUUCACAGCCCCGGAUCUCUAUCCCGAGGAUGAGUACACCUGCGACACGAGUACCUUUGGACCGGCGAGUAACUCAACCGUCUCCCUGGACCACUGCUAUGUGAUGGUCAACUACGGUGAUUCCGGCUACGCCAUGCAUCAGUGCCGGAAGUUUCUCUACACCACGGGCUUCCACUCGCUGACCAUGGAGUUCGACCUGGUGUGCCUGUGCGACUUCUUCGUGGCCUGGUCCCAGUACUGGCAUCUCUUCGGGCUGCUCAUCGGCGGAGUGGCGGCCACCAAGUUGAUGCGCGUCCUGAGUCCCCGACACAUUUACGGAACUGGCAUCUGGUGCCUCCUCGUGUGCAGCCUGCUGAUGGGCAUGGUCAAGGACUUCAGUCUGCACUGCGGACUUCGUUGCUUGGCUGCCGUUUCGUGCUGCUUCAUGAUCACCUCGGGACAUUCUAUAUUUAGUGACAUUACGGCGGGCAAAUAUCGCCUGGGAGCCCAACUGCUCUACGACUGCUUCUGGGCCCUGGGCUUGAUCCUGCUCCCUGGCUUGGCUCACGGAGCUCCCAGCUGGCAGCAUAUUUACGUGGGUGUGACCCUCUCCCUGCUGGUGAUUGUCUUCCUGCUGCCCUGGACGCCGGACUCACCGCGCUGGCAGCUGCAGCACAACAAGGACACCCAACUGGGCAUCGAACGGACGGUGGGAAUCCUACUGGAAGCAGCCCGCACCAACGGAAGCAUUCACAGGGUGACCAAGGAGUUGCCCCAGCAGUUGGGCCAGCUCAGGGAGAAGAUGCAGCAGCAGAUGCCGGCAGGGCAUUGGAUGCAACUGUGGCUGGGCCAGCGGAGGAGCAGUUUCCAGUUGGUAGCCGUGCACAUGGCCCUGGCCACCUUCAUGGUGGUGAACAUCGGACUGCUGCUCCACGUUCGAUCCUUCGGCAGGCAGCACCUGGUGUCCAAUACCCUGGCCAUGGGUCUGGCCGAGAUGCUGGGCUGUCUGCUGUCCCUCCACCUGACCUUCAGCCAGAGCGAUCGCAAGUGGCAGUGGGCAGGAGGAUUUGCCAUUGUGGUAGGCUGCAUCGGCAGCAUCUGCUGGCUGCUGGCCGAGGAGGACAUGCCCGAGGUGUAUGGACUGACGCUGGGACUGCUGAUGGCCUCGCUGCCCCAGGCGGCCGUGGCCUGUGCCCAGUCCAUGAUCCUGGCCUGCCUGGGAGAGCUGGUGCCGUCGGAGCAGCGGGGCUGCCUCUCCUUUUCCGUCGUCACCUGGGCCAGGGUGUGGCAGCUGUCCGCCUCCUUUCUCACGCUGCUCAGGCAGGUGAGCCCCGCCCUCUCGCUGUCCGCCUUCUGCCUCCUGGUCAUCCUGGGCGGCCUCUGCACCUGCUGUCUGGUCACUCCGCACAGGGCGGAGGGGGAAUCGAAGGGGGCUGCCGUCCACAACAAACAGCAACUCACUGCGUAUACGUAAUAACGCAUACGCAAAAGCUUAUUUGCUAAGUUAAUUUUAGUGUCAGUCAAGUAUUCGCAAUCAUUAUUCGAAUUUAGCACAUAUUGAGCUGCAUACCUUUGGGAAUAAAUCAAAAGUUAAGCA